ACAACCUGUCGUAUCAAACGCAUUGCGCGCCUUAUUGGUGAUCUCGGAAUAACCAAAAUACGACAGUGACAUAGUUACUCUUUGAAAUAAAAAUAGGCCCGCAAAAGUGGUGCAAGGAAAUUGUAUAAGUGACAGAUAGAAAUGGCUUGAUCGGUCUGGACACCGUCGACAUAAAAAUAUACUUAUAAAAACAAGUAGAAACUGUAAACUGAAGCAUAGGAGAUGGAAUUAUGAUGAACUUUUUUAAUUGUACUUGAAAGUGUGUGAAAAAAUUGUAUUUAUGUAACAAUUGUAUUCUGAAGGCCACUGUCGCACUCAAGAAUUAUUGUAUCCCAAAUACUAGAUUAAAUAUUGCUAAUACACGGAAAUGAAUAUUCUGCCAAAGAAAAGAUGGCAUGUACGUACCAGAGAAAAUAUUGCACGGGUUAGAAAAGAUGAAUUAGAAGCAAGGGAAGAAGCAGAAGAAAAGCGGAAAAGAGUUUUGCAAGCUGAACAAGAAGCCAGAACGACUCUCUUAAGGGACAGAGCUAGAGCAAAAUAUGGAGUUCCAGAGCAGCACUUGCAGAUAGACGAGCCACCAUCAAAUCUUCAAAGUCACAGUGAUAAGCAUGUUAAUUUCUUUGAAGAAUUGGAAGAAGGGAAAGUUGUUACAACAAGAACUAAUGCAGAAACAGAGUUAGAAGAGAAAGAAAAAAAAGAGAAAUAUGAAAAACAAAUAGGCUAUCUUACUUAUUUAGGACAAGACACUGUAGAAACUACUGGUAAUAUUCCAUGGUAUGACAAGGUUCCUCAGCAUCAAUUCAAUGAUGCUUCUCAAGAAGAAAAAAAUAUUAAAUCAAAGUUAUUGAAUGAUCCUUUAACAACCAUAAAAAAAUAUAUUCCAUCUGAAACAAAAUCUAUUAAGUCAUCAUCUGAAACACCAUCAUCAAGCAUAAAAAGGUCGCUUUUAGAUUAUCAAUCCAUACAUAGAAGAGAAAGGAAGAAGAAACAAAAAAAGAAAGCAAAAAAACGAAGAAAAAGAAGCUCUAGAAGUAGUAGUGUUAGUGAAAGUAGCACAAAUAGUGAAAGUGAUAAUGAAGAAGUAAAAAUACAAAGUAGAAAAAGUUUAGAACUGUUACGUGCAGAACGGCUUAAACGAGAAAAGGAAGAACGAGAAAGGACGGAGCGACUCUUGGCCCGAUUGCAAGGAAAAGAAGUGAAAGAAGAAAAGAAGGAGGCACCUGUCGUACUACAAAAGUAUAAUUCCCAGUAUAACCCAGAACUUGCUAAGCAGAAUUUUGCUACGUACUCAAAAAAUUAAUAAACUGUUCCUUUUCGUCAACUGCAAUGUUGUGAAAAUACUAAAUGUCUAUUCUGUAAAGUGUGUAAGUAAUGUGCUUGUGGUAGUAUGCCUGGUCUUUAAUAAGAGAUGUUGGUUAUAAUGCUUUGUAUAUGAAAUGACAUUAGUGAUUGAAGGAAUAAAUAUUUGAAAUGAAAUUUAUUUAUAAAUAAAAGUUAAUUUUCUCUGACAAAAUUAUUGUAAGUUUUAUUUAGAAAUGGAUAUUGUUGCUCUAAAUUGAGUUCUAUGUAGCAUUAAUGAAAACCUUUCGUUUUCUUUCUUUCUUCCUUCUUAUUUUUUAU